AAAGAGGAUCCGACCCGGAAGAAUAUCUGCGCAGAAAGCAAACCGAAGAAGAGAACUUCGUUGUUCUACGCAGGCAAAAAGGCGUGAAGUUGGUGAAAUCGGCGAAGAUGGAAUUGGAAGUAGACGAGAAAGACCUAAGAUCGGCGGGAGCCGAGCUUUUGACAGAUGGAAGGCGCGGAUUGCGUAUCGGCGGUUGGGAGAUCGAGUCUCGUAAUCGCUCUAUUCUCACUUCCUUGGCUCUCCAACAAUGGGAACAAAACCUCCAAACUUGUCACUUACCGGAGAUGAUUUUCGGUGAAAGUUGUUUGGUUCUUAAGCACGUAGGCAGCGGCACCAAAAUUCAUUUUAAUGCAUUUGAUGCUCUGGCCGGUUGGAAACAGGAAGGUUUGCCUCCUGUUGAAGUUCCUGCUGCUGCUAAAUGGAAAUUCAGAAGUAAACCCUUCCAGCAGGUGAUAUUGGACUAUGACUAUACGUUUACAACUCCUUAUUGUGGAAGUGAAAUGGUUGAGCUUGAUGCAGACAAGAAUCGAGAAUUAGGGAUUUUAACAAAGCGUGAAAGUGGGGAAAUCUCUGGGGGGAGUUCAGGCCUCCAUUGGGAGGAUUGCGAAGAGCAGCUUGAUGUGGCUGCCCUAGCAUUAAAAGAACCCAUUCUAUUCUAUGAUGAGGUAGUUUUGUAUGAAGAUGAAUUGGCUGAUAAUGGAGUGUCACUUGUAACUGUGAAAGUGAGAGUCAUGCCAAGUUCUUGGUUCCUCCUCUUACGAUUUUGGGUUUUUGAACAGCUUCGGGUUGAUGGAGUGCUAAUGAGAUUAAGGGACACCCGUAUGCAUUGUGUUUUUGAUGAGAGUGCAAAUCCUGUCAUUCUUCGAGAAAGAUGCUGGAGAGAGGGCACAUUUCAAGCUUUAUCUGCUAAUGGAUAUCCUACCGAUUCUGCUUCGUAUAGUGAUCCGAGCAUCAUCAGCCAAAGGCUUCCUGUCAUCAUGCAUCAAACCCAAAAGCUAAGAGUCCCUGGUAACUUGUAGACUGUAAAUUGCCUUUGUGAAACAGAUCCAAAUUAUUUUUAUGCUCUGGUCAUGGCAAACUUUGAUCGAUUCAGGUGGAUUCCAUAAGUGAAAAAGUCUUUUUCAAUGCA